UCCAGGAACGUAGUUUUAACAUUUUAUGCCUACAGAUUUUGUACUUUCCCGAAGCAUAUAUUAUUUACAGUGUUUAAAAGAAGUGAUGUUCUUUUAUUAAAAUUGAAAUAAUGAUACAAUUAAUUAUUAAUGUACAAUUUAUGCAAUCUAGCGCAAAAUUACAACUCGUGAAGUUAAGAUUUAUUAAUUAUUAUAAUUAGUUGAUAUUAUUUAGAUCUAAAAAUUAUUCUUCACACUUGUGUUCUGUUUUAUUUAAACGUCAAGUACUGCUUACAAUUGAAUACUUUUAUUAUUAGUUAUGUACAUUUAAUUAGAGCAUUGAAUAAUUCUUUACUUUUAAAAGAAAGAAAAUUAUUAAAAUUAUUUUGAACUGUUGAUACGUUACUGUCGUACCAAUCGAUGUUGCCGGAUUUUCCAGCGGUGCCAAAGGGGAACAGUAGAUAUAAUGGCUAGCAGAUGUAAAUUUUAGUACAGCGUGGGGAUCAGAGCGAAAACGAAGGACCAAUAAGAUUCAUGGUAAAUGUUAAAUGCUGUCUAUCAGCCAAUAGCUGUUCGUAGAAGAUCCGGCUCCAUUUGUAAGCAUCAUUUCCCAGAAUUCCAUACGUGUAACCUCUAAGAAAUCAAUAUAUUGUUUAUAAAAUCUAUUCUAUUACAUUUAUUCUGUUCUUUCCUGUUCUCAUAUUUUCAUUUUCCUAAUGGAUGCUCUAAAUAUUUAAAUACGAAAAGAAAAUUGAUUUUCAUGUUGUUGCUCAAUAAAAGCGGGAAACGUUUACAGUUGAUUCAGCGUUCUCAUUAUUGGAUGAGUCAACAGACGCUAGUAGGUGGCACCACUGUUGAUAAAGAUGGCGCUGCAACACCUAACAAUGCAUCAAGGAAAAGUUGUUAAAAACACAUGUUUAUCACUAUGUUUAUAUUUAGAAUUCUUUGUUGAAUAAAAUUAUGAUAUUGUUAUAAUUAAUUUGCAUCCGACGAAAAUUAUUUGGUAUUUACAGAGUAAAAUUUUUGUAAUCCCUAAAGUUGGUAUUUAAUUCGUCCAAAUGCCCGAGCAAAAGGUUUUGAGGUUGCAAGAUGUUUGGCGUACUUGUAAUAAAAUAAGGGCGGCAAUAUUUCGUAUUGGUUUUAAUUUAUGGGAUUACUAUAAACCUCUAGAUCCUGAGAAAAAUUGUUUAAUUUCAGAGUCAAAGUUUAUUUCGGUUUUGGCUGGUCCCCUGAAGGAUGUAGUUGGCCUGUCCGAUAGAGAAAUUUGCGAUUUGGCUGAUUAUUUUCGCGUACAAGAUGGCCGAAUAUUAUAUACGCAGUUUUGCACAAUUAUCCACGAUAGCGUUCCUGAGUUUGAUAAGAACAAACCUCUUGUAACUGGCUUGGAAUGGGAGGAUCCAGAACACGUGAAUCGAUUAAGUCCAGCAGAAUACCGAAAAUUAUGUCUUAUCCUCUCUCAAAUUGCUGUUAUUGUUAAUAAAAGGAGGCUGAUCCUCAGGCCAUACUUUCAAGAUUAUGAGUUAAUCGCAAAGAAUGCCGGGACAGUGACGUUUACUCAUUUCGGACGGAUCUUGAAGUUCCUCAACAUCGUUCUGGCUUCCGAGGAAUUCUCUCUGCUUAUAAAAAGAUUCGCGAAGGAUGCGUACACGGUCAAUUACGUGGCUUUCCUGCAGGCUGUGGAUGAAGUUCAAUCGUAUUUCGAUAAACAUGGAAUGCUUUCUCUCAGUGGAGAGUUACUCGAUCAAUUUCCCGGUCGAGUUAUCACAGCUGAACUACCGAAACUUCCGAGGCCAGAAAUUGGGAAACUUCUGCCCAGCAAGGUGUUUGGGAAACAAACGGUGUUUCAUCCGGUGAUGGAAGAGCCGAGGGCUGACAUGCCAUUAAUGAAGAUCAUUCAGCAGAUUCAGAGGCAUAUUCUUGAAAAUCGAAUAAGAAUCUCGGAAUUCUUCAAGAGGUUUGGUCAUUUGAACGUUGGAAGAGUAACCGUUUCUCAAUUCAAAAGAGGAUUAGACGGUCUUCAAGUAUCGAGCUUGGGACGUCUUUACCUAGCGGAAACGGAAAUCGAUGCACUCGUAGAGAUUUACAAAGACCCGAACGACCCGGACCGCGUGUGUUGGCGCACGUUCCAAGACGACAUCGAUCAAGUAUUCACCGUCAAGGAGUUGGAGAAACUGCCGAACUUGACAGUUGAAUCACCGCCGAAAGAAAUAGCCGACCUGAAGCGGCGGGGAACAGCCGACUGGCAAUGCGUGCCGGCGAGCAUCAGAGACCUGUGCGAGGAAACGCUGCAGAAAGUCCGACACCGAAUCAACGAAAGAAGGAUUCUGAUCAAGCAAUUCUUCAAGGACUAUGAUCGGAACAACAAAGGACACGUGUCUCGUGCACAACUUCGCCAGGUCCUAGCGACUGCAGUGGUGUUACUUUCGGAGGAGGAGGAGUAUGCUUUAGAGCAGAGAUACAACGACGAAUUAGGCUUCAAUUAUGUACUGUUCUUGAAAGAAUUAGAGGCGAUAAAAAUUGAAGAGCCUCUGUACAAUUCUAUGCUGAAAGAGAAGAUGAAAAUCAAUGCCGAGAAACCGCCGCCCGAAGGCAGCGUCGACGAGACAAACAUUGUCCUAAUUUUAGCCAAAAUCAAAGCGAAAAUCGUACGCGAACGAGUGAAGGCGAUCGAGUUCAUGCGUCCAUACGAUCCCCGAAAUGAACGGGUUAUUAAAAAAGUGGAUUUUAUGAGAGGAUUGGACCAACUUCGUUGUAAUUUGAGCUGCACGGAAAUAGGAACCAUUAUGAAAGUUUUCCAAUCGCCUUUGAGAGAGAAUUACGUGGAUUAUGUGAGAUUCGGUGAAGUGGUCGAAGAGGCUGUCACCAUUGGUAGUUUGGAGAGAGCACCACUUUUAGUGCCUGUGCAACACGUGCCCCCGGAGGCUUCUCCGAAAACAUUCUUGACUUUCGAUGAGAGACAGAUGGCUACUGUAGCAAUGGAUAAACUGAGCAGAAUGCAGCGUCCAAAUCUUCUAGAACUAUUCAAGGAUUAUGAUAAAGAAAACAUUGGAACUGUUUCAAAGAAUUGUUUGAUCAAGGCCCUAUCCGUCAGACACAUGUUUCAAUUAAUUAGUAACAGAGAAUUGGAUGCUGUGUAUAAAUGUUUCUCUGUAGAGAAAGGUGGCCAGUUGGAAAUCAAUUAUCGUGCAUUUUUAGAAGCUCUGCAUUUAAUGAGAGAGAACAGAAAAUAUUUGCCCUUUUAAAAACAAAGGUGGUCAUAUCACAAAGAAUAUACUGUAAUAAUAACAGUAUUAUAAAUAAAAGAACUUGUUAUAUUUUUAUAUAUUCCAAGAACAUGGAAUAUUUUUAAAUUUUUGGACUUCAGGAAUAUCUUGGAUUUAUUACAAUAGACCAUUUUUCUCUGAUCUGAAGGGAGCAAAGGUUCUCCCUACCAUUUGUCCUUCCAGGUUACACCUGCCACAUGGCUUGCUGAGGAGGGGCAGAACCUGAGCCUUUUUGGGAGACCCUUGGAAGGGUCAUAGUGAAUAGUCCCCUUUCUUGGUCACACCUUGGUCUACUGCAUACAAAACUACAAUGGAUCCUAAAAAUGGAGCUAAGAGAUGCAAUUGUUUUUAAUUUGUCUACUGCUUAUUUUGUCGUGUAGAUGA